AUGACAUCAAGGGGGGUGGAGCUGACAGGCGGCGCGCCGUGGGGUUUCCGGAUGCACGGUGGUCUCGAUCAAAACCAGCCUCUCCGGAUAUCCAGGGUAAGCUUUUUAAGUUUCAGUGAGUCAAUGGGACGAAGCGCUGAUGUGAACCCGGGUCGAAAAGCAUCCCUAAGCGGUGUUCGUGAGGGUGAUGUAAUCACUUCAAUCAAUGGGCACUCGACCAAAAGCAUGACUAACUCCGAGGCACAUGCGAUGCUCCGAUCAGCUGGGCCCUGCUUAAGACUUGGAUUAAAUGAAGACAAAGAGAUGUCACCUCGAAGGAGAUCCAUUGGAAAGGCUACGGAGUUGAAAAGACCGUCACAAUUAUUAGCUGAUGGUGGUAAAGCGGUAUUACAAGCUCCGGUAUAUGCGACGAUUCGCCCUCCGCCACAACACAGGCCCACAGCGCCGCCUCUGAGGUCACUAAGCUCUCCGCCAACUUCAGUCACCUCAGCCUCCCAUGUUGCAGCGUGCGAACCGCCCAAGAUUCAUCCAACAAACCCAUUUUAUACGACUUUACCUUCAAAUUACACAAGUGCUUCCAGGUUACCAGUACCAAAUGGUCGGUCUACCUUUUCGUCAUUAGAUAGGAAUAACUCAAUUAAUAAAUCCAAAGAUUCAAUAAAUUUGUAUGACGUGAAAACAAAUCACAAUACGGACAUGAAAAAACCACACUCACCUUUUGAAACAAAAUCUGUCAAUGAAGUGCCGAUAAUAGUAGAAUCAAAUUACAGUGAUCAAGAUUAUGAUAAAGUGAAGCAACAAGAGGAGAAUGAAAACGGAAAGAAUCCAUUUGAAACGAAGAGAAAUAGUGACCCUUUUGCAAAAUAUCUUCGAUCGGAAAGCCAAACUAAUGGUAAUUCUAACGGGAGAAUGUUUAAUUCGAAGAGCGACACUGAUUUUUAUUCAAAAGAAGAAAUCACAAAACAUUCUGUGACAGAGCAAAAGAUAAGUGAAGUUGAAGAGGUUAAGACGAUAAAGAAGAUAUUGCUUAACGGAUCAAGAGACGAGGUUUCAAACUCGAACAGUAAACAGGGUUUGAAAAAAGGCCCUGAACUAACUGAAUCAGGAGGAACUGCAAGGAAAAAUGAGUACAUAAUUACGCCGACUCUCGAGAAUUAUAAUUAUUUCACGAGCAACAGUGAAAAACAGGGUGAACGAUUAAGUUCUUCAGUUAUUUACAAAUCGCCUGAAAAUUGCUAUGAUCCCGUAUCAACGCGAGGUACAGGGGAGGAACCGUCGAACGAUGUGUCGUCAAAGCCUCCGUUAAAGUCUUCAAGUAGUACUCUGACUCCGAGUCCUUCAAAACAAGUUAUUGAUAGCGUUUUAAGUAAUGAUGUAAAUCAUGGCUUAAAGUUAGACCCAGACUGCAUUAACAAAGAAAAUGAUGCAAUAUUAGAAAAAUACAAAGUAGAAAGUCCAGAAAAGUCUGCGAAAUACAGAUCAAAGCAACAAAAAAAUGUAAAGAGUAAGAGUAUGGAUAGUGAUGAUCAAACAAUUAUAGUUGAAGUUAUAGAUGACGCAGAAGAGCCUGACUGUAUUAAUGAUUUAGCGAUAAUAGACACCAGUAGCGUUUUAAUAGUUGAAAAUGGUCCAGAAACCCAGUGGGAGAAUGUGGACGAUUUAAAGGACUUAAAAUCAGUUCACGGGGAAACAGUUCCCGGAGCUUUGUCUAUCACAACAAUUCCACUUAGCAAAGCAGAAUGCGAUGAAAUAAAAUCCAUGAGUCCCGAAGAAGAGAAAACUCUUAGACAGUACAUAAAAAGCUUAAAUUUAUCAACAGAGGCAAUUGAUUCUAGUCCUUCUAAUAUAAAAAGCGACAGUGAACAAAUAAAUUACGACAUAAAACAACGUAUGCGUAAAAAAGUAAUGCCCGAAGAAAUCUACAAUCUUAAAGCAGGACCUUCAAGAUCUUUACAUGUUAUUGAUGAAGAGGCAAGCGGAGAAUCAUCUACAAAUUCCCGCCGCCAUUCAUAUUUGAAUGAAAAACCUUGUGAUUUUGAUGAAUUGGAAGACGAUGUGUUUAUUUCUAAUGACAAUGUUAGAACACAAACAAUUACAAAAACGGGGCAGAAAUCAUCUGGAAAAUUAAUACCACAAAAAUGCAUUCGUGUUGAUGCACAAAUCAAAGAUCCUGAAAUAACAGAAGCAAGAGGGGCUUGGACCACAAAAACCGUAGAAAAAAUGACUGGAGCAGAAAUAGUAUAUCUUACAGAUUCAUCUAGUAGUACCAGUUCAUUAUAUGAUAAUAAUGAAUCUGGAGAUAACAAUGAGGAAAGUGAUGUAUCAGUUCGUAUAAUAACGCCUACGAUAGAAGUUAUAGAUACAGAUAAUUUCUUAACAAGUAAUAUUACUUCUAAAUCAAUAUCAGACUGUGAAAUUGUAACAAAAAAAUGUGAUGUUAUUGAAAAUAAAAUAGCCAACGACAAACUUUGCGAUAAUAGGGAUGAUCAUGAAAUAGUUGUUCUUACAACAGAUCUUAUAAACAGUGAUUUAUACGUAAAAGACGUUGAAAUUAUGACUUCUCAAGUAGAACAAGAGAAAGUUACUGAUCAUGGAGUAGAAACAAAUAAAGAUUCAUCUAGUAGCAUAGGAUCUUCUCAAUGUACGGCGAAAUAUAAUCCAAAAUGUUCAUCUCUGACGGAUAUCUACGGUACGGAAUUUGACGAAACGGAUAAACCCCAAGAUGAAGAAAUAUGUAAAAGUCAUGUUAAAGAUGUAAUUGAAAGUGUUCCAAAUCUUACUUCACAUUGUGUAUCAAAUACAAUAAGUAACGUAACACCUAGCUUACGGAAUAUAUGUUUAGAAGCGAUUUGUAAGUUACCAUAUGGUCAGCAAAUUUUAGAGGAGCUAGCUAAUGUAUCACAGCGUUUGCAAACAAUUGGUGAAAAUAGGUCACCGAUUGAUAUUAAAAAAAUUACAACUGAUACUUUGGGUAAAGAUAAAGAGUGGAGUACAAAAAAUAGUUCAGAUUACAAGAUGUUACCAAGUGCUCAAAGUAUAAAAGCACCACCCCCUCCUGUACAGCCAAGAAAUUCUUCAUUAAAAAUAACUCACGAGGACCCUAAAAAUAUAACUCAGUCUUAUCAAGAACCACAUGAAAACGUUCCAUACAAUUGUUUAUCUCCAUCUCAAAAAAUGUUGAUGGAAAAAACAAAUACUUUUAAUUUUACAGAAACUAAGAAACAUUUUAAGGAACUGCCAAAGGAAGAAUUAAAAUUUAUGAAACCAGUUUUAACUGAAGAAACAUUGAUUGAUGUUCCUUUUAAAUCUCAAACGGGAAGUCGUUUACUUGCCUUAUUACAAAAACCGUCCUUAGCAGGUAACUGUCAAGAAAAAAAAUGUGACAGUAAUAUUAAACUGGAACCAUCUAGAAAUGUAUUGCCUUCCUAUACUAAAAACAAAGACUAUAUUGGCAGAAACGAGAAUGUACUACAAAAUAAAAGUUCAAACAGCAAGCCUAUACCACCGCCGAAGCCAAAACGGCUGUUAUCGUCAUUCUAUGAAAGUGACGAGUAUUCUGAUUUCUUGGAAAAUUCUUUUAAAUCUGUUUGUAAUCAAAAAAAAUAUUUUCAUUAUUCCACUGGGAACUUAAACCAAGAUAUUGAGGACGAUGUUUCCCACAUUCAAGACAAGCAUCGAUUUUUUAAUGAAAUUUAUAAACAAACAAGAGAAGAUCUGCAACCUCGACGCCCAUCGUUACCUAAGGACUUAUGUGAUCAACAAAUGGAAUAUAUUCGACAGAAAGAAAAAGAAGUUGAAGCUGAACUAUCCCGUCUAGAAGCAGGUCACCAACAACUUGUUAAAAGACGCGGCGGGCCCAGAGCUCCUAUGCUCAUAGAUGAAGAUUCACGCGAUAAUGUGUAUAGUUCAGUUAAUGAACUAAAAAGUAGUCGAAGCUACGGUUUCUUACCCUUAAGUUCAAGUAGCAGUAAACUCUCAUCAGCGUUUAGUAAAAGUCAAGAAGAACUAUUAAGAAAUAAGAUGUAUUCAGAAUAUGUUUGCCAAAUGGCGGAGCGCGAGGAAAGGAAGCAGAAAAAAAUUAUUAAAAUAACAAAAACUCCAUGCUCUUUAAGCAGAAAUUCAUGUUCAAAGAGUUCAUCAGCACUUAACAUUGAUGAUUUUAGAGUGAAUAACCGUAUCGAGAAAGAGUUCAUUGAUAAAGCGAAGGAGAGGUGGAACAAACUUGGCAUUAGGGACCCAGAAACAGAAGAUGAAAAUGAGAAAAACUAUUAUAGGGAACCGAAAGUAAUUGACCAUAAAAUUAGGGUCAUCGAUUCGGGAGAAGAAAAAGACGUUCAAAAGUUGCCUAAUCAUUUGCAAGAUUUUGUGAAGUUUACCGCGAAAAAUAAAAGUGAUAAAACAGACAGCUCCGGUGAGUCGGAAAGUCGUGAGACAUCGCAUGGCGUUGUAUUGUGUGCAGUGUUUAUAUUAAUAUUAACAAUAGCUAAACAUAUACUGCGACUAUUCCGCCGUCAGUGA